AUGCGAAUGGGCGUAAUAACGCCGGCAAGUUCUGCAAAUUGGAUGCACGUCAGAACUAACCUAAGAAAAAAAUUCACCGUGUUGUUUUAAGAUAAGAAAUUGUAAAAAAAGCAUGAACCUCUAUUCGUCCCCGUUUUAUCGAAUUUCAUCGUCGAUAUGUUUGACGUUGUCGUUCUGGUGUGCAACGUCCGUAAUAAUUUACGUAUAGGUUAACUCACGGCAGCGUCCAUAGACGUUUACAAUCUGUCAUUUAGAUUCGACAUUUUGUAAAUCAUAUUGUAAUGUAUAAAUAUAAAUAUAGAGCUGACGUUUUAUUGAAUAUAGCACGUCUUUUGCCAUGUAUUUUAUAAUAAUUACAACUCCUGAAACGUUCCUGUUAACCAAUAUCGGAUCUUACAAAUUCGAAGGUAACUAAAUAUGCAUUUUAUUUAUUCAAAAUUAAUAUAAAACAAAGAUUUCAUGAUAUCUAUCAAAAAGUUUUACAAGUGUUAGAUAACUCAUUUGAAUAUUGCAUGGUAAUAGUGCGUGAGAAUCUACUGCAUUAUUUUUCUAAGAAUUAGUGUGAUAGUGUUUUUGUCUCUUUCAAUAGCUAUCUCUUUUUUUGUUCUGUUCCAGCAUUUAAGAAUGAAAUCAAUUUCAUUUUGGAGUAAGUUUUGAAUUUGUGUAUUUGUAAAAUUGAAAUAAUAAUAGAAUCAUUACAAUGCAUUUAUGAUUAAAUGGCAUGUGGUUCUAUAUAUGAAAAAUAAUGUUUAAAAUCAGUGUAUAUUGGAGUAUAACCUGAUUGCAUUAAAAAUGCAAGCCAAGAAGCGCUACUUACUAUUAUUUGUAACAUGUGCGUUUCUUGGUUAUUGUUAUUUUGGCGGUUAUCGAUUAAAAAGUGAAAGAUGGACAGGCAGAUCUCAGUUGCCUUACGAGCGAUUGCCUUCGUAUUUAAGUCUAAAUGAAGAGUUCUAUGACAAGGAUUUGAGAACAUCAAAUGGAAACCCACUUGUGUCUCAACGUAUAAGACAAUGCCGUAUGGAGACUUGUUUUGACUUCACCAGAUGCAAGCAAGGUUUCACAGUAUAUGUGUAUCCAGUUGAAGAUGUGAUAAGUCCACUAUACCAAAAAAUAUUGAAUGUUAUUACAGAAUCAAGAUAUUAUACAUCAGAUCCAACUCGAGCAUGUAUGUUUGUAUUAGCUCUUGAUACAUUAGACAGAGAUCCAUUAUCAACAGAAUUUGUGCAUAAUCUUCCUUCAAAAUUAAUGCGUUUGCCAUAUUGGAAUAAUGGCAGAAAUCAUUUGAUAUUUAAUUUAUAUUCUGGAACAUGGCCUGAUUAUGCAGAAGAAUCAUUAGCCUUUGAUUUAGGAUAUGCAAUGCUUGCAAAGGCUAGUAUGUCUAUUUUUAGGCAUAGACCAGAUUUUGAUAUAUCUAUACCAUUGUUUGGAAAACAACAUCCAGAGCGUGGUGGAGAACCAGGUCAAGCAUUAGAAAAUAAUUUUCCUAAUAAUAAAAAGUACGUUGCAGCUUUCAAGGGUAAAAGAUACGUCCAUGGUAUAGGUUCUGAAACUAGAAAUGCUCUCUAUCAUUUACAUAAUGGCAAGGAUUUGGUAUUUGUCACAACUUGCCGCCAUGGUAAAGCAUGGAGGGAGUUACAAGAUGAGCAUUGUCAACAAGAUAAUCAAGAAUAUGAUAUGUAUGAUUAUGAAAUUUUACUAAUGAAUGCUACCUUUUGUCUUGUACCAAGAGGAAGAAGACUUGGUAGUUUUCGAUUUUUAGAAGCUUUAAGAGCAGGAUGCAUUCCGGUUAUUUUAAGUAAUGGCUGGGCGCUUCCUUUUCACGAACGAAUUGAUUGGACGCAAGCUGUUAUAUUUUCUGACGAAAGACUGCUACUUCAAAUUCCAGAUAUAGUACGGUCUGUGUCCAAUGUACAUAUUCUUAAAUUGCGACAGCAGACACAAUUUCUCUGGGAACGAUACUUUUCGUCAAUAGAAAAAAUUGUUUUUACAGUAUUUGAGAAUAUUCGCGAGCGUUUGCCAUGGGAAGGUACAAGGGAAAAACUUGUUUGGAAUACUAGUCCUGGAGCGUUAACGAUAUUACCACAGUUUGCUGAUAGUCAGCAAGAACUUCCAUUUUCAAAAAGUAAUCCAGGUAAUACCUUCACUGCCAUCAUAUACUCGCAGUUGGGAUCCACUGCUGUUCUAUAUCGCCUGCUUAAAAGUCUUGCGAAAAGUAAAUACCUAGAUAAGAUUAUUCUAAUGUGGAACUCGGACAUUCCGUUACCAAGAAGACCACGAUGGCAAGGGAUCAAAGCAUCAGUACAUGUCGUUACGGUCGAUGGCAUAUCCCAACGUUUCUAUCCUCACCCAUUAAUCAAAACUAGUGCCAUAUUAUCUCUAGACGAAGAUGCCACACUCAAUACAGAUGAAAUUGAUUUCGCCUUUACGGUAUGGCGAUCGUUUCCUGACCGAAUAGUAGGUUAUCCAGCAAGGUCACACUACUGGGAUGACUCUAAACGUUCAUGGGGCUAUACAAGUAAAUGGACAAAUGAUUAUAGUAUAAUUCUAACUGGUGCCGCCUUUUAUCAUCGUUAUUAUAAUACGUUGUAUACUGAAUUAUUGAGUUCGACACUUCACAAGACUGUCGAGCAAUCGCAAAAUUGCGAGGACAUACUUAUGAAUUUUUUAGUAAGUCAUGUUACACGAAGACCACCUAUCAAAGUAACUCAAAGGAAAUUGUAUAAAGAUACUACAGUGGCUGGAAUCAGGUCCCCGUGGAAUGAUCCAGAUCACUUUAUACAACGGCAGACGUGCAUGAAUACAUUCGUAGCCGUUUUCGGGUACAUGCCGUUGUUACGAUCCAAUAUGAGGCUUGACCCUGUUUUGUUCAAAGACUCUGUAAGCAACUUGCGCAAAAAGUAUAGGCAAAUUGAAUUAGUUAGUAACUAGAAUUAUACAGGAUAUUUUAUCAGUUAUGCAGUUAUUAUACCCUCGAAACGGGCAUCCUAUAUAUAGCCUCGAAAUAUUUCUAUUAAAUAGUGUGUGGCGCAUAUUGCUAAUUGCAGCCGCGUGCGCGCGCUAGAGGCUAUUCCAAAUAUAUAGGGAACACUUACAUUGUUGUAAGUAAGAAGCCAUUGUGUCAACAAUGGUUGUCAGGCAGCAAAUUAAGAAGGUCUUUCAUUCUUGAGGAAUGACCAUACUCUGCGCUUCGCAAAAAUUUUGUACAAAGUAUGGGAUAUCUUGUAAUAUUGUUCGAGUCUAAUUCGAGCCACGGCGUGCAACCGUUGUUGUAUAAUAUUGCCGUGUUCAAUUGAUGUACAUACGAAUCGUUUCAUAGUUACUAAUAAAAUGGGAAAAAUAAGAAAAAAAAAAA